AUGGCGUCCGGUACGGAUUACCAGAUCGCCUCGCUGGCCGCCGGCUUCACCCUCGGCUUCGGGUUCUUGACGGUAUGGGAGGCCAUGAAGCAGACGAGGCGGAACCGCAACCCGCUCCGGAGCGUCUACAUCUACAUGCUAUGGGGCGAGAUCGUCGCGAACCUCGUCAUCGCCGUCGUGGGCUGGCUCUUCCUCGAAGGCAUCCUCGGGCCAACAGUCCCCGUCUUGUUCUCCAUCCUCUUCUUGUGGGUGUGGGAGAUCCAGCUGCUGAUGCAAAUCAUCAUCAACCGCAUCGCCGUCAUCAUGGAGAACCAGGAGACCGUGUUGUACCUCAAAUGGGGGACGGCGUUGAUCAUCACCCUGAUCAACAUUGCCGUCUUCUGCAUCUGGAUCCCCGCCCAUCUCGAUCCGCCCGUCAGUCAAACUUUCGUCACCAUCAACCACUACUGGGACCGCCUCUCCAAGAUCCUGAUCCUGAUUGUCGAUGCCGGCCUCAACUGGUACUUCUUGCGCGUGGUCAGGACGCGCCUCCUGGACCAGCACGGCCUGGUCAAGUACAAGCCCCUCGUCGGCUUCAACGCCAAGCUCAUGGUUCUCUCCGUCGCCAUGGACGCUUUGCUGGUCGGCCUCAUGUCGCUCCCCAACCAAGUCGUCUACAUCCAGUUCCACCCCGUCGCCUACAUGGUCAAGCUCAACAUCGAAAUGUCCAUGGCCUCCCUCAUCACCCGCCUCGCCAAGGACCGGGACAGCGGCAUGCAGUUCAGCUCGCUCUGCUACUCCAACGGCCACUCCGACGGCCACCCCAGCAGCCAGCGGGCGAACCAGGCCCACCCCGACGACCACCGCCACCCGGGACUUCACGAGGUUGGGGGUCUCAAGAGCUUCCAUCAGGCCAGCGUCGGCGCCGCAGCGUCCGAAGACGGGGGGGACCUGGACGCGAUUUACCACGGCGCAGGAAGCGGCGGCAUUCAUCGCAGGGUCGACCUCGACUUGCGGCUCGAGUCGCCCAAGUCGCUUCCUACCUCGUCUUCCAGCGGGCCCCAGGACGGCGGCAGUUCCUUCUACCGGGUCGACGACGAAGAUUCGUUAACGAGCAACGCCGGACCACCCGGGCCUGCCCGGAAGAAGGAAUGA